AUGGAUUCGACCAAAAAAGUUUCUGAAAAGGUAGAAAUACCGAUUAUCAUUGAAAAAACGGAACAACAAAGGACCAUGAGUCAAAUACUUCAGCUGGUCAACAUGGACAGCUUUACUGAUUUGGGAAUACUUGCCGACACUUCUUUUCAAAAGGAUGACAGUUCAGCGAACGAGGAAGUAACAUUUGUUGUGCAAGAAAGUGAAUUCACACUGUCAAAAGAUGUUUUAAAAGCAAAAUCAGCUCUGUUUGCAGAACUGUUCAUUCAGAAACCUAGUAGUCGUUACAUUUUGACUAAAGUUAAACCAAAAGUGUUUUCAACGGUAUUUGAAUUUAUUAAAACAAGCAAAAUCAGUAGUGAACUGAGUGAAGAUGCUGCGGAAAUAUUAGAAACGGCUCAUAAACUUGAAAUUAGUAGUCUUAAAGACAUUUCCGAAGACUAUUUGGCUAAUAACUUGAGCAACGACAAUGCGACCAGUGUUUUACUGUUAGCCGAUCAAACUAACUGCAGGCAACUGAAACUGGCAGUUAUGCAGUUUAUUGCAAAGCACUGUCCAAACUUGGUAGACUCGAAUGAGUUCCAGCGCAUUGUACAACAUCGACCCAAAUUAGGAUUGGAGUUAUUUAAGUUUGUGCAAAAUUGCUUGCAAUAA